GUGGGCACGUUAAAAGAAGCGGUGCUAGCAUCAAUGAUGGCCGAGAAAGUGCAAGCCGGUCGUGCAGGCAGCUACCUUGGCACCAUCGAUUCGGAACGGCUCGAUAGGUUCCUGAAACUUCUUCCCGCCAUAACCAUAGUGCUAACUCUGGUGGCAUUUGUGGCCUUCGUAUUCACCUACAGGGAGCGACAGACGAACCACGUCUACACUGUGCAAGGCUACGAUUCGCAACUGCAGGGACAGUCGGUAACUGUGGAAGGCAUCGCUGUUCUUGCCUUCCUCGGCGUCCCUUUCGCCCAGAGCACCGGCGGCGAGCGGCGAUUUCGUCGCCCAGAGCCCGUCUCUCCACCGUCUACCCUACAGGCGAACCAUAAGAGACCGCCCUGUGUGCAGAGGAUGCCAACUGGGGCCAGGGGAGUACCUCCAGCCCAGGGACCACAAUCCGAAGACUGCCUCCACCUUAACAUCUGGGUACCUCCUGCUAAAGACAGCAAAGAGAGGAAGGCCGUUCUCGUCUUCCUCUACGGGUUCGACUUUCAGUACGGAGCCAACACUAACGAAAACUAUGACGGCAGGUACUUGGCUGCCCUGGGUGACGUCAUCGUAGUAGUGCCGAACUACCGAUUGGGUAUAUUCGGCUUUCUAAUGGCGGGAACGAGCGAAGAGCCCGGAAACCUGGGUCUACUGGACCAGAAGCUGGCGCUCGACUGGGUACGCUUCAACAUCGGUUACUUCGGUGGUGACGAAGACAACAUAACACUGUGGGGCGUCGAUGCUGGCGCUGUCUCCAUCGCCAUGCACAUGCUCAGUCCACUGGCGACCACCAUCCAUUCGGCAGUCAAACGCUAUAUUUUGCACAGCUCAUCUAUAUUCAAGCCGUACGCAGACAAUACCAGACGGGCCACGCAAAAUAUCGUGUCCGUCGCCAGGCAGCUCAACUGCGGUGAGGGCCCCAUGAAGCAGGUUCUGGAGUGUCUCCGAUCGCUUCCCGCUGAUCAGCUGCUCCAGACGGACGCGGUGUUGAACGGCACUUUUGUGCCGAGCUUUAACAGCGAGUACUUACCUGAUAAACCUUUUAAUCUGGUCGCGAAAGUACCAAUUGCACGGAAACAGAUCCUGUUGGGUAACGUGGCUGACGAGGGAACCUACUCAGUGUUGUCCGCGUUGGACAAGAGGCGGGAUCUCGCAGCUUCCCUUCCCAGCGAACUACGCACCACUCAUCCAGCGAUGUGGUUGCUGGACAUCCCUUUCAAUCCUACCAACGACAAUGAUUCCAAACGUGCAGCCGCCCAUCUACGAGGCGACUAUAACUACGUGUGUCCCUGCCAGUACUUUGCUCACUAUCUGAGCAGGGGACGGGAUAGCCAGGUGUACACGUACCUGAUGAAUCACAAGCCUUCCUACAGUUCGUGGCCGGAAACAAAGGAAAUGACCCGGUAUGAAGACGUGGACAUGAUAUUCGGGAUGCCAUUGCACAACCACCAGGCAACAGCGCAGGAGCAACGACUCAGUCGUCAGCUCAUAACGAUAUGGACUGGCUUUGCGAAGACUGGGAAGCUCCCAACGGUGACGUCGGAAGGGAAGGAAACUGAAUGGCCCAACUAUUCUCGAAACCACUGGGGAAAUUCCGUCGUGGAAAUUUCAGCGAGUGGGCUCCGAACCGUUCGCAAUACCCACAAGGGUCACUGCAGCAAGCUACUUCCCGCCAUUGGACGGGCCUCCCAGAAGUAAUUCUCUGAUAUACGAUAAACGCCGAGCUUCAAUAUAAUAAAGAAAACGAAGAGGUGGUUCCUAAUCAGUUGGCAUUGCCAACAGCGGACGCCCAUGAC